AUGGCGAUGACCAAGAACUUCCGGAUUUUCCACAAGCUCGAACCGCCAUACAGUGUUAUCUUGGAAAAUAGAAAUAUUGAUGACACAUUGAUGUUCGAAUCGAGCGCGCUGGCUGUUUUAUCUGCUGCUGAAACUGAGACAAUAAAAAGACAAUAUGUGAAAAUUGUCGAUGCCUACGGCUGUUUGGGCGUUCUCAACCUUAACAUCGGUGAAGAAAACAUAUUAUACCUGGUCUUGGUAACUGGCUGUUUGUCAGUCGGAAAGUUGCUGGACUCUGAAAUAUUCCGUAUCACCACCACGCAGUGUGUUUCAUUACGGAAUGGACCAGGAGACGAAGACAGGGUCGCAGAGGUCCGGAAACUUCUCAACUCCGGAACAUUUUACUUUGCGUGGUCAUCGACUGGAGUUCCCUGGGACCUGACACUGUGUGCUCAGAAGAAGCUACAGGACCAUAGCACGGACAACAGGUUCUUCUGGAACCGCAUGCUGCAUGUCCACUUCCAAAGGUUUGGUGUGGAGUGUGGACAUUGGCUAAUCAAGGCUAUUUGUGGAGGUGUAGAGAUACGGACGAUUUACGCCUCGCACCGUCAAGCUAAAGCAUGCCUGAUAUCUCGUCUUAGCUGUGAGAGGGCUGGCACCCGAUUCAACGUCCGUGGAGCCAAUGAUGAUGGACAUGUGGCUAAUUUUGUGGAAACCGAACAGGUGAUAUUUCUAGAUGAGCACAUCUCCUCAUACAUACAGACGCGAGGCUCGGUUCCUCUCUUCUGGGAACAACCAGGCAUACAGGUGGGAUCUCAUAGAGUCAAAAUGUCACGAGGUCACGAAGCCUCGGCUCCAGCAUUCGAGCGCCACCUGGCGAUGCUGAAGAAACUCUACGGUGACCAGGUGAUCGUGAAUCUCCUCGGACAGAAAGAGGGAGAACAUAUGUUGAGUCAGGCUUUCCACGCUCACCACAAAGCCUCAAGCUUCUCUCAGAUGAUGACUCUUAUCAUGUUUGAUUACCACAGUGAAUGUAGGGGCGGCAAUUUCAAAAACCUUGAGAGACUCAAAUACAACAUCGGAAAACAUUCAACUAACUUUGACUUCUUCUAUAGUCAAGGAUCGGAUGUACAAAAGUUUCAGAGUGGGACCGUGAGGACUAACUGUUUAGACUGCCUGGACAGAACUAACGCCGUACAAACAAUGCUGGCCCUGGAGAUGUUGCCAAGACAACUAGAGAGUCUUGGUCUGGCAAACAAACCACAAAUGGUGUCGCGGUUCAUCGAGAUCUACAAACAGAUAUGGCAUGUAAGCGGUGACCACAUCAGUAGGAUUUACGCCGGGACGGGCGCGCUCGGUGGAGGUAGAUCGAAGUAUUCGGAUGCUGCUCGGUCCGCCACACGCACAAUACAAAACAAUUUUCUGGACAGUAGUAAACAAGAAGCUAUGGAUAUGCUGCUGAUUGGUAGUUCUCUGAGAGGAGAGCUUGCGGAUAAAGUACGAGCUCUUCUGACCACCAGGAGUCUGCAUGGCCCUGCUAUGGUGUUGCAGUCCAUGGUCGAUUGUCACAAGGACUUCACAGCUGUCAACAGUCUCCGGAUAUUUAUUGGAACCUGGAAUGUGAAUGGAGGCAAACAUUUCCGCAGCAUCGCCUUCAAACAUCAAUCUAUAUCCGACUGGCUGCUCGAUGCUCCGAAGAUUGCUGCAGAGAAUCACCCUGAAUUGCUGGCAGAAGGGGCUGACAUAAGUAAACCUGUGGACAUAUUUGCUAUUGGCUUUGAGGAAAUGGUGGAUCUGAACGCAAGUAAUAUAGUUAAAGUCAGUACAACUAAUGCUAGAGAGUGGCAGAAGGAACUACAGAAGGUCCUCUCUCGGGACAAUAAAUAUGUCAUACUGACCAGUGUCCAGUUAGUGGGCGUUGUUCUGUAUGUGUUUAUAAGGCCACACCUGGCACCUUGUAUCAGGGACGUAGCUGUGGACCAGGUAAAGACCGGACUAGGGGGCGCGGCUGGUAACAAAGGGGGUGUGGCCAUUCGCUUCCUCUAUAACAGCACCUCUAUGUGUUUUUUGUGUGCUCAUCUGGCAGCGGGCCAGUCACAGGUCAACGACCGUAACAGUGACUUCCACGAAAUCGCUAGGAAGACAGCAUUUCCUAUGGAGCAGUGCAUGGGAAAGACAAUCUCGUCCCACGACUAUCUGUUCUGGUGUGGUGACUUUAACUACAGGAUAGACCUAGCUAACGAGGAAGUGAAGAAACUUGUGGAGGACCACAACUGGGGCGCCCUCAUGGAGUUUGAUCAACUCAACAGAGAAAGGAAAGAGGGCAAAGCAUUUGCAGGGUUCCAGGAGGGUAGGACAGAUUUCGCCCCCACAUACAAAUACGAUCUGUUCUGUGAUGAUUAUGAUACUAGUGAGAAGCACAGGACUCCCGCAUGGACAGAUCGAGUCUUAUGGCGUCGCAAACCUCUCAUACGACAUAACGCUCAGUUGUUAGAGGCGGAGGAGAGGUGGGACCAAGGGAGACUAAUCUUGUACGACAGAGCAGAACUACGCACCUCAGAUCAUAGACCUGUGUUAGCAAUGUUGGAUGUCGAUAUUCUGGAAGUCCACGAAGAGAAGAAAUCUGAAGUGUUCCGAGAGGUCAUAAGUCAACAGGGUCCGUCCGACGGUACCGUCAUUGUGUCGACGACAGACGGGGAGUUUGACGAUGAUAUGGUAGACACUGUUGUGGAGACAUUUACAGAACUAGGGGACAUAACCCUGGUACGAUUUGUGGAAGAAGAUAUGUGGCUCAUCUUCAGAUACGGACAGAGCGCUUUAGCGGCUCUCAACUAUAACCAACAACAGAUCGGCGGGAAGUCAAUCACUGUACGACUAAAGACGACAAACUGGCAGUCGCAGAUAGAACAGGAAAUGGCGCUCUGUGCAUCAAACAGUGGCGCCCUCUUCAAUACCACGACCAACAGUCUCCUCGGUGAAGAUUUCUGUCUACCAGGGAUGGACUUUGAUUCUGAAGGUCUUCAAUUAGAUGAGGACGAUGAGGAGGACACGACGAAGGAAACUCCCCUCGCCCUCCCGAUACUACCUACUCUGUCAGGAGCUAACUCUCCGACAGGCUCCGGCAGGAACAGUCCUGCGCUAUCGGAUGAUGGCCUCCUGGACGCACCAACACGCCCUCCAGCCCCGGAGAGACUAAAACCAAUGGGAGGUGUGCCACGCCCUACUGAACCCAGCAGCCUCAUAGUACCAGAAACUGAAGUCAAAAUCCGAGGGUCCCACUCGCCAGAGACAAAAAGAAAAGUUCCCCCACAGCGACCGUCUGCCCCACCGACCAAGCCUCCACCCCCACAGCGACCAGCUGGGGGCUUUCCUAAAGCCGGGGCAGCUCCUACAACAGGAACAGCUCCAAAACCCGUGACAGCUCCUACAUCAGGAACAGUGACCAACACGACACCCACCAAUCAGUCUCCUAAAAAGUCACAUCCAGUACGGCAGCCAUUGGGGUCACGGACCAUCAACCAAAUCAAAUCUAACAAGAAAGGCGCCAAGAUAUCUCGGAUAGGUCUUCCCACCAAUGUCCUACACCACACUCAUGCCUCCAGUGCUGGGGAGGCAGAAGCUUUGAUAGAACAGCUGAUGUCUGGUGGUAAUCCUACCCUGCUACCCUCCCCCAUCAAACCAGGUGGACAGACACAACCAGUGCCUCCGAUACCCCGGAGUAGAACAAGUGAGACAGACCUCAACAGAUCCCCGGACCCUUCUGUCUCCGCAGCGUUGGACCCUCCCAAACCUGUCCCCAGAGCGAGAAGUUCUGGCAACAUUGCUGCUAAUGAUAUGCCAAACAGACCCCCACGGAAAGGAGACAGUCCAACUUCUGGAGCAUUAAACGGUCAACCUGGUCAACCUGGUCAACCUGGUCAGCCACGUCCUCGGCCUGUCCCUCGUCAGAGUUGUGCUGUGGGGGAUGUGGACAUUCCUGUCCCUGUGGAUAGGACAGUGCCACCUCCCAUCCUGCCAACCCGACAACAGAAUGGGGGUCAGCCAGCUCCCAUGGGACAGAACUCGUUCAGUAGCCCUUCUGGGUUUUCUUUGUUGGACAAACCACUCUCACCAGAAAAACCCAAGUCGACAGAGAUAGAUCCUUUUGAUACUAGUAAUGUUCCGUCACAAUUCCGACAGGACCAGGCACCUCUGUUACCUCAGCAACAGUACAGUGCUCCACCUACAGAAGAGUUCUCUGUUCAGUGGGAGACAACUCCCUCCACAGACCCAUUUCAAACUGAUUUCAAUGCUGACUCACCACCAUGUCCAGCGUUUCAACCUCCAUCUAUGCCACCUCCAGAACUGGGGCCCGCACCCUUACCCCCACAGGAGGCGCCUCCCCCACCCCCAGAGGAAGCACCUCCCCCACCCCCAAGAGAAGACUCUUUUGCUGACAAUUCCUUAGACAACAAUGUGCAAUAUGAGGAUGUAGACUUUGAUGCCCCUCCCCCUAGUAGCUUACCCCCAGGGCUGCCCCCUUCUCCACCUAAUGCCCCUCCCCCUAGUAGUCUACCCCCAGGGCUGCCCCCUUCUCCACCUGAUGCCCCUCCCCCUAGUAGUCUACCCCCAGGGCUGCCCCUUUCUCCACCUAAUGCCCCUCCCCCUAGUAGUUUACCCCCAGGGCUGCCCCCUCCCCCACCCCCAAGACCAGCUGUAGAUAUAGCCCCUCCCACAAGUUUACCCCCUGUCCCCUGUAGACCCCCUGUGAUUACUGAGCCGGGAAACUUACCCCCAGUCCCUGCCCGCCCCUCCUUGACCCCUACCGCCCCACCUCCUAACCAACCCCCUGUUCCUAGUAGGCCAAACUUACCCCCGGUUCCCCCUCGAGUUUGACUUGGGGUAAAAUUAGACUUAUAAAACAAUUAUAAUUGUUUCUGUGUGUGUAUUGUCGGUAUUUAUAGCUAGCUAGUAUUUGUUAUAUCACCUGUUAUAGAUUUUUGUAUACAUUAAUUUUUUCCAAGAAAGAAAAAUCCUUUUUACAUGUGUUGAUGGAGGACAAAGAAAAUCCAUCAUACAAAAAUGGCAGUUUUAUGUCUCAACUAUCUCUAGGAAUAGAAUUUCUCUAUCCUCUAUUAAUACAUGUAAAGGUGUUAAUUUAUAUUCACAAAAGUCACAGGUAUUGAUACUGUAUAAACAAGAGAAUUGACUUACUGCUUUUUACUUGUAGCCUCUUGAACAAGACGGCAAGUUUUAGUACAAUUUUAAUUGACCAAUAUUAUCUUUAGUGGUACCUUGUAAAGUUUAUAUGAUGGACGUGUGAGAUUUGGAAAAACAUGGUUCUGGUCCUUCGAAGGGCUACAUGAAUCCAAAGGAUUCUGGUGAUUUAUCGGCCUUUCAAAUAUCAAAUAGUCGGCCAUAUCAGAUUUUUAAAAGGCUGAUAAACAUCAGAAGCCAUGGAAUAAGUGCUGAAUUAAAUCAUUCUAUCAGGUUGUUGGGAAUCUGCAGAAAGCUCAGUGACAGAUUUCCUGUGAUAAUUUUAAUAUUCAGGAAAUUAAUUCGGAAAGCAAGUUAAUUGUUAUGAGGUUCCAUAAUGUUUUUUUCUGUAUUUUUCAUGAGAUUCUUACUGAUUGCUUGGUGGUUUUGCCAGUCAAUAGAAUAUUCAUAUAUAAUUUAUAACUGUUGUAUAAGUUGGGAACGAUGAAGGAAAACGGUAUACGAUACUGUCCUCUCGUGACUACAUCAAGUUUGUGGCGCCCCAUAUGUGUGUCAGGACAUAGCUAGUCGGUUUGUGUUCUGUGUAUGUAGACUAAUUACUUAAUAGUAUACAAACACAGUUUAAUUGUUAUAGAGCAAUAAAUGUGGGGUUAAUUGUUGUUUUGUUAUUUUUUGUGACAAAAUGAGUCUGAAAUUUUGAACUCAAUAAGAACUUUUUGUCUUUUAAUAGUUCUGCAGAGAGGAGUUUUAAGAACAAAAAAAUCCACAUUCGACCCUUCAAUUUUUUUUUAUUUUUUAAAAUAAUUUAUUUUUACAAAACUACAGCAAAAGUAGCAGUUUUGACUCCCCGGCCCACUGCAGGCAAAUUAGAGAAGUUUUAUUCAAUUUGCUUCACACAGAGAUUUUUUUAUUACAAAUUCAUUGUUAGUCAAUGAACGGCCAACCUUACUAUAUAUAUGGAUAUCAUAGAAAACAAAUAUAUUAUUGCAUUCAAAUGAAAUAUCAUUCAUCAAAAAAAUUUAUUGCAUUUGAACACAAAUUACUGCAUUCCCACAAAUCAUUUUGUUUGAAUGUAAUAUUUCCUGCAAAUGCAAUGAUAUUGUUUUUGCAGGCAAUAAUUUUUCAACAUACACGAUAUUUGUCCAUUGCCAGUUUCCGUAGCAUUUUGAAAUGAUAAUGCUACAUUGAUAGUUAGUAUGAUAACAACUGUUUUGCUAUUUAUUCUGUAAAAUUUUCACAAAGUGGAAAAAGUACAAUUUUAUGGUACAGCGACGAUGUUAACCCUUUUUGAACACUUGAACAGUCAUCAUGGAUUUCCUUUGUGGUAUGUCGUUGUACUGAUUUAAGAACUUCUUAUUUACCACUUUUUUGGGAGAUGACUGUUUUAGAGUCAUUGACACAUUCCAAUUAUGUUUUCUGCGUUCUUAGUGCUGAUACCAAGGUAUGUUGUUUUUAAAGUUUGGCUUUUAAUGUGUUUUUUGAAUGGCUUUAUUUUGUAUCUAAAUGACAUGAUUUGUUGUGUUUUGUAAGCUAUUAAGUUUUUUGUGUUCCAAUACGUAUACUUUGUGAUACGAUUGUUGGUUUUUGUAUCUUUUUGUAAGGGACCACUGAUUAUAAUGGAAAAAAUGUCGAUUUUUGUAUCGUUAUGUAUGGGACAACUGGUAACAAAUAGAAAAAAAUGAAUUGUAUAUCUAUAUGAUUCUGCCAAAUUUAUGAUUAUAUAUUGUAAAUGUUUUCAGUUUAUUACAUUACUAGUCACCAUCAUCCUUUACAAAAACGAAAGUUUGACACAAAAUGUUGAUUAUGGGGUGAAUACUUGAAAAACUACCAAAACAUGACAUAAAUUGAGUGUUCUAGAGAUAAGUUUAGGAAGGAGGGCAUGUUUUGAACCCCAGGAUAAAUGAGAAUUUUUGGGCACCAUGAAAAAUGAUUUCACUCUUAGCAAAAUUUGUAUGUAUUGUGACCAUACAGAACAUGAAGAAAUGUUUUACUUUAGCAAAACGAACCCUAGGAUACGCAAAAAUAUGUUUCAUUAUAGCGAAACAUUCAUGAUAAACCUCAGAAGACAGGGGAUAAUUGUUUUACUGUAGCUAAUUUUAUUGUGUUACAUGUUCUUGAUGCAAUUACUUGCCAAAGAACAAAAAUUUAUAACGAUAUAAAAUGAAAGAGUCAUCAUUACAUUGUACAUAGUGUUCGUCUGUGAUUCAUUACAUGAACAAAUAUUUCAUUUUCGGUUUUUUUUAACAAUGUCUCAAAACACAAGUAUUCUCACACCUCUAUACUCCUAGUAUUACUUUAACCAACACAUGUGAACAUUCUAUAAUUUGUUGAAUGUGUAAUUUUGGAUUUCCUGAAAUGACAAAUGAAGAAAUUAUUGACAAAUAGGAUUUCCUGUUAAGACAAUAGAGAAAAAAUCUUAUUGUUUCAAACUGUCAAAAUGUUACAGGAAGAUUUGUUAUGUAACAGAAAUCAUUAUUUUAUUUAUUUCAAUGUCUUCGCUAGGAAUCCAACCUUGGACACUGUCUUUACACUCACCUGGUCAAAUUAAAGAGAUUUUUCUCUACCUGAGCGGUGUAUUGUGACAAGCAUUUACCAGGGUUCCAUAUCAAAUUAAUUUAUCACAAGUGAUAGUGUUGCGAAAGACUUUUGUUCCUAGGAUUAUAUUACUGUAGAAGAUUCUUAUGUAAUAAUCUAGGUAUCAAGGUGUCUUCCAAUAUUACAGUGUGUAAAUGUGUUAUGACAUCCUCCAACUAGAUUUGUACUGGUCUUACGAUGUUCUCCAACUAGAUUUGUACUAGCCCGAGUUUUCUCUGGCCCUGUCACCAUGUCUGGUGUAGGGCCAGAGCGCACUACUAUAUGAAAACGUGGAAUUAUCUGACACCGUUUGGUGUAGCCCGAGUUUUCUCUGGCCCUGUCACCAUGUCUGGUGUACAUGGUGACAGGGCCAGAGAAAACUCGGGCUAGAUUUGUGCCAGUCUUACAAAAUCCUCCAACUACUUGCUCUAUCCUCCAUCUUGAUUCCACUCUAUGCUUUACUUCAUGGUAUCAGUAUAUGUAUUUAUUGAUUGAUGUUUUUCUACGUACAUUUUAAUGUAAUUGUCAUGUCUUUAAACUUUCAUUACAGAUUAUGUUCAGCUUAUUUAACUAUAAAUUCUAUUUACAUACUAGUUUAACUAUUAAUUGUAUAUAACAAUAGGUUUCUCUAUAUGAUUAAUUUCUACAUAAUACUAAAAGUUUUCUUUUUCUCUUAAAUUAAACUAAUAUUUCUACAGAAUGAAAUAUAGAAUUUAUGUUGAUAAAAUCUAGUAACUCUCUGUGGGAUUCUCAACUGCAUUCUUGACUCGAUACAACAACUAGAUUUAAUCUGAAGAAAGAAUUCAAAAUGUGAUAUACAAUGUACUAGUUAAAAAGUUUUAAAGAUGUUGAAAACAGAUUUUUUAUGUGACAGAUAAUUUAUGUGUUUGAAAUAAUUAAUGACAUGCAUGUAUCAAUCUUAUAAUUAAUGGGCAUUAUCAUUAGACAAGUCCACACUCAGUGAUUUUUUGGAACUUAGAUAUUUGAAUCUUGAAAUUCAAAACUUUCCAUAUUUACAGGUAUUUUUCCUUCUCUGGAAUGGUUGGUGUUGGUUUCAACUAUUGCAAAACCUUAGGAAAACAUCCAAGCACUAAAAAAAUAUCAAAAUUUUCGAUAAAAUCACUGUUUUGUUUGAAAGUUUUGAUAUUUUUUGCUGUUUUCUGGUGUUUUUUUGUUCAAUGAUUUCCAUAUUUUUCACUCUUUUUUUUUUAUCUCUAGAAUGGUUUUCGUUUGUUUAUACUAUAUUGCAAAACCUAUGGAAAACCUCCAAACACUUAAAAAUAUCAAAAUUUUAAAUGUGUGGGAGUUGGUCCUGGUCUGAGGACCAAUUAUAUCCCUUAGCUUUUGGACUCAUCAAAAUUUUGGCAAUGAUCGAUGUUAGGUUGAACUCGCCUGCAAAAAAAAAGAAGAAAAAAAUCCUACAAAAGUUCCAUUGGACUUGUAGUCUCUGAAUACCUACAUAAUGUACACAGGCAAAAUAUCUUCAUGUCAAUUCAGGUCAAAUUCAGGUCAAUAUUUCCAGGUCAAAUUGACCUGAAAAGAGCUGUUUAGUCAGUUCAUGUCAAAAAAUUGACCUGAAUUUGACAUGAAAACAAUUAACAAUUUCAUGUCAAAUUCAGGUCAAUAUUUUUUCAGGCCAAAAUGUCCUCAAGUAUGGGAAUGACCAGGUUAUUGUGAUGUCAUCCUUUUGUUAGCAGAAUAUCAACUCUCAGGCUCCAGGUGUAAGUGUUUUAACUUUUGUAUACAUCUGUUGUGUCACCCUAAUUACGCUUUGUGGAUUUACCUGUGAAAUGGACAUCCUGUUUACCUGUCACCGCUGUAAACAAUCGCCUGAACUUUGGCCUUUUGUGAGAUCUGUUUAGGCAGAUUAUCUAGUUGUAUUGUUUGUGAGUCCAUUUCCUGCUACUUGAUUGACACCCAGCUUUAUAAAACAGUUUAUACAGUAGACUGUACUGUUAAGUAUUGAUUUGUGUUUUUUUUUUAUCCUGGUAGAGAAAUUAAACUUAACAAAAUUCUUUUUUAAAUUAUCAAAGGAACAUUUAUCAGCUUGCCUGCUAAAUUAUACAUAAAUAUAGAUAUUCUUUUCCCACAAUUAGAUUUUUUUUCAAAAAUAUUUUUUUUAAGCGUUUAUGAGUUACAGAGUCAGAAGUUACAUUUUAUCAUGAAGUUAUAAUUAAUUCAUCUUAAAACAUUAAUGUUUUUAUCCAUAACAUUCCUGCUUAAAGUUUGUAUAAAAACACUUUUGAAUAUAUGUUCUGAAAUUACAUCAAUGAAAUAGUGCAUCUUUUAAUCAAGUAAAAAAGUACUUUCUUCAUACUGUAAAUAUCAUUUAAACUUCGGACAAGUCUCCCUCUACAAUUUGUAGAUAUGAAAAACACCUUAUAUUGGUUGUGAUCUCCAUGAACAGGGAUGAACAAAAGUGUAUACAAAAUCUCGUUUAUGCAUCCCUACCAUAAGAUACCAAAGUUACACAUUAAGAAGUGACACAAUUUCUAUGACAUCUUUUGAUUUCUCUUGAGUUUUCAACAUUUGUAUCAUAUCCCGAACCAUCCAAAUAAAACUUGGUCAUUGGUGUUAUCGGCAGGAAAUUUUGAAAUCAUCAGUAUUUAAAACGAGCAAAGGUUAGGAUGUGUUGUGUUAAUGAUAAUCCUUCUCCCUCAUGUUAACACUUACAUCACUGUGAAAAUAAUACAGAGUUGUUUUAUAUAUAUAUCAUCUGAAAAGUGACUAGAGAGAGGUUCAAAUAAACCUUCUGUUACCUGCAUAAUGAUUGACAGGUGUUGUUUCCUCGUCAAGUUACCCUAUCCUCAUCUGUAUCUGUAUGAUUGACAGGUGAAAGUUCCUCCUCAGUAUCUGUAUACUCACCUUGUUACCUGUAUAUGAUUGACAGGUGUUAGUUCCCUCGUCAGUAUCUGUAUAUGAUUGACAGGUGAUAGUUUCCUCUUCAGUAUCUGUAUACUCACCUUCUGUUACCUGUAUAAUGAUUGACAGGUGAUAGUUUCCUCAUCAGUAUCUGUAUACUCACCUUCUGUUACCUGUAUAUGACUGACAGGUGUUAGUUUCCUCGUCAGUAUCUGUAUAAUGAUUGACAGGUGUUAUUUCCUCGCCUAGUUACCCUAUCCUCGUCAGUAUCUGUAUAUGAUUGACAGGUGAUAGUUUCCUCGUCAGUAUCAGUAUAUGAUUGACAGGUGAUAGUUUCCUCGUCAGUAUCAGUAUAUGAUUGACAGGUGUUAUUUCCUCUUCAGUAUCUGUAUAAUGAUUGACAGGUGUUUGUUUCCUCGUCAGUAUCUGUAUACUCACCUUCUGUUACCUGUAUAAUGAUUGACAGGUGUUAGUUUCCUCGUCAGUAUCUGUAUAUGAUUGACAGGUGAUAGUUUCCUCGUCAGUAUCUGUAUAUGAUUGACAGGUGAUAGUUUCCUCGUCAGUAUCUGUAUACUCACCUGUAUAUAUAUAUAGGUAUUGAUUUACCUGUAGUAAAUUAGUUACAGGUUUGUUAAAGAAUCUAGUGAUACUCUCGUACCUGGUCAAUACUACGACCAGAGGAGCGUUAAAUGUUUUGUACAUUUUAUUACGAUUGAGAUUAUGUGGUUAAAAUCAUUGAUGUCCCUCUUUGUUGUACGUUUAUAGAUAGUAAAAUAUUAAAUCUGAUACAUCAAAUCAAUACAUCCUAAUAUGUUAAAUCUCAAUACAUUGUUAUAGCAUAAAUCUGAUAAUUGAAUAAAUACAUCAUAAUACAGCUGAAUAUUGAAGCUGGUAACUGUUAGGAUAUAGUAGUGAAGGUGUUUAAAAUCUGUGGAUUAAAAAAAAUCAAUGUAGUAGUAAAUGUCAUGUCCGUCGUCAUGUCAUGUCCGUCAUAAAUGUCCUCGUUAUGUAGAGAUAAUAGAACACUGUGAUAGAGUUUAUUGUGAUAAUUGUUGAUUCGGUCCAAUACAGAAAUCAUUUACGAAAACUCAAUGGCUUUGCAUUUCAUGACUAAACAUAUUUGUUCAUAUUUCCGAUUUCUUAUCAUCAAGGCUUGAAAAUCAAACUUCUCCAACAAGCCAAACAGGCUCUCCCGCCAUUUUGAAAUGAUGCUGAAUUCUGUCUUCAUCUUUAAAAAUGUUUUUUAUGCGAACAAUUUAUAUUUCUUUCUUGUAAAAAUCUAUAAUUCACUUUUCUAUUUGACAAAUACAUGAAGUUAUUUCUGUGAACCCAAAUGGCAAUGUGUCUAUAUCUUUAUAUUGAUUCAUAUUAAUUAUUUGGAAAAUUAAAACUGUUGUAUAUUCUAAAUGAUUUAUCUAAUUGUUGACAACUUGAUAAUAAUUUACUGUUUGAAAAAGAUAAAGUUGAUUGAAAGAAGAAAACUGUAUCAAGCUUUGGUAUCUUGUUGGGAAUAUAUAGGAGACAGGGUAUGAUAAAACUACAGUAUUGUAUCUAGAUCGUAAAUAAUGUAAAAAUUAAAGGGACAUCAUUUGUUAGUUACUGGUUUAUCAUCUACGCGACUCCUCGACAAUAAAACAAAACCAUUGUGUAGAGGUUAUCGAAUUCAGUUGAACAAAGUACAAUUUGUCCAAGGUAAUAAGAGUUUCUGUCAAAUCAUUGAGUACAUCACUGUCUAAUCUACAUGUAGACUUGCUAGUGUUAUUGGGCUAACCUAUCAUUUUAGAUGACAAUGUUACAUCGUCCCUUAAAGACGACGGUUGUAUGUUACCGUAACUUUAGUAUAGUUUAUAUCGUUGACAGAUAUGGACCAUAUUAAACUAUUUGUUAGAUUACUGCUGCUGUUGUGUUUGUGUAUAUUAGCGACAUAUCUUGGGCACAAUGUUCCGAUGAACCAAAUAAAGAAAGUUUUAAGCUCAGAU